AUGUCAACAUCACCGUCAACCGUUGCUGCAGCAACAGCAUAUGCUCUACAUCAUCAUCAUAUUCAUACACAUCAUUUACAUCCAUUUCAUCAACAACAUCAACAUGAUACAUCAUCAUCAUCAAAUCCAUUUUUUUAUUCAGCAUCAUCCGAUUCAUCAAAUGAUUUAAUUCUACAACAAAAUGAUAUUAAACCAAAUCAUAAUUAUUUAUUUACAACAAGUAACAGUACAAAUAAUAUUAACGAACGAAAAAGUAUUUCUCCAUCAUCAACAAGUCCGUUAAAUAGUACAGCUUGGCCAGUUAUUAUGCAACAUCAUCCACAUAAACAACAUGGACUAUCAAUUGAAGACUAUUGGCCAACAAAUCAUUCGAAUUAUUAUCCAUCGUCCAAUUACCCUCAUCAUCAACCUUAUUUAACAAAUCACCAAUUUAUUCCAACCUAUGGUUCAUCAUCGACUGAUCAUGAACAUCAUUUUCAAGUACCAACAUCUUUACCACCGCCAACAUCAUCAUCGCUUGAAGAUAAUGAUCUAAAUUUAAUUCAUACACCUAAUAAUCAAUCGAUUAAUGAUGAUGAUGAUCAUCAAAUAAAUAUUGAUAAUAAUGAUUUAAAUCGUUUUUCAAAACAAUUCAAACAACGACGUAUUAAACUUGGUUAUACACAAGCUGAUGUUGGCCUUGCACUUGGUAAUCUCUAUGGAAAUGUUUUUAGUCAAACAACAAUAUGUCGUUUUGAAGCAUUACAAUUAAGUUUUAAAAAUAUGUGUAAAUUACGUCCACUAUUAGCCAAAUGGCUAGAAGAUUCCGAAUCUCAAACAGGCACAUCAAAUUCAAUGGAGAAAAUUGCUGCUAGCGGACGUAAACGUAAAAAACGUACAUCGAUUGAAGUUAGUAUAAAGCAAGCACUUGAAAUAAAUUUUGCACGUAAUCCUAAACCAGCUGCACAAGAUAUAGCACAGUUAGCGGAUCAAUUACAACUUGAAAAAGAAGUUGUUCGUGUAUGGUUUUGUAAUCGACGACAAAAAGAAAAACGUGUUACACCACCAUUAGAAAACGGUACAGCGUCAGCAUCGAACAAUCAUCAUCAUCAUAAUAAUAAUACCGAUAGUCCAAGUCCAUCAUCGACACCGACAGGAACAACCGGAGACUAUUAUGAAUAUCAUUAUCCAACACAUUUGUAA